ACAUCAGGUGGAAGCGGUGGAAGCGAGUAGAAAUGAAUAUGAAAUGAUACUAUUACAAUGUCAAGUACUGAUGGGGAAACUAGCAAAAUUUGAGCUCGAUCUAGAUAUUCACAUCUAUACACACAACCAAGUAAAACAAGAAGAGUCUGUUGGUGACAAGACGGGUGCAUUUAGUGUUGUUACCAAGGUCAUUUUGCCAGAUAAAACAGAAGCUGCUCUAAAGAUGAUGCACAAGCCUAUUACUAGUGCAAAUGCAGAUGAUUUUAUGAAAGAAUUUUGCAACUGCAGUCAACUCCAAGACACAAAUUUAGUAAAGUUGUAUGGCUCAAUCAUGCUGUCUCCUUCACCUUGUCUGAAGCUUGGACUACUGUUUGAAUGGUGUGGUGGAGGAAGUCUUGCUGACUUUAUAUCAAGGUCCCAACAACAAGCAGACGACAAAAGAUGUAAUCAUGAAAGAGCUGGCAAAACAAUGAAGCAAAUUCUGGCUGGAGUCAAAUACCUUCACGCACGUAGCAUGAUUCAUCGAGAUCUCAAACCUGAGAAUGUCAUGUUGACAGUAAACGAGGAUGUUCGAAUUGCAGACUUUGCAACAGCCAAACGGCAAGCAGAGAUCACUGGUUUUCAAAUUGUUGGCACAGAUAUCUACAUGGCACCAGAAGUGUAUGACUGUCUUCCCUAUUCGUUGUCUUCCGACAUGUACAGCGUUGGUGUUAUGAUGUGGGAGAUCUGGAAUUGAAAGAGAGUCAGAGAUUGCACUUCAUACAGAUUACAACAAGAUAUUGCACAGUGGGUACUCAAGCAGAAGUUUGAUGGUACUCGUGGACAACUCUGGCAAGAUCUUGCUAAAAGAUGCUUGAGCACAGUACCUACAGAUCGACCAUCAGCAGAACAGGCAUGUAUAGACUUGGUAUGCAAGGAAUGAUAUAAAGUCAAUAAUCAUAUGCAAAUCAAUAACUAUUUCAUAAAAUAGGUGUACGUCUCUUAUGGCAAAACUGCUAGGAGUAAUUAUGUAGUCUGCUUGGAUUUGAAGUGACUCUAGUACAUUGCUUCCUAGAUGAUAAAUUUCCAGUUAUUGGCAGUAGUGAUCAAUAGACAAUAGAUUGUAGAGUGUGU